AUGAACACGACGGGGAACGAGGAGGAUGGCUUGCUUCUCAAGCUCAUCACGAAGGCUUCUGACGGCUCGGACAUCGGCACCUACGCCUAUCGAGUCACGGACACCUCGGUCAUCGUGGACUACGAGAACGCCAAGAUCGACUUGCCGGUGUCUUUCUUGCGGGAGCUUCAGACAGAUCCAGACGACGUCAUCGUGAUCAGCCUUGCGAGCUUCACGAACGAAUCCUUUGCGUACAAGCUGCUCGCUGCCGCGAGUGAGCCGCAGGGCAUCCGAUUGCUUGCGGAUCCGUUGAGCAUGAACUUCUUCAACGCUGAGGGCGCUGUGCUCGAAACGACAUCGGAAGAUCCGAUCAGGCUCGGGCUGCAGGUUCUCGAAGAGGAUCCUUCUGCGGAAUGCGCCUUCUGGCACGAGGUCGAGCAGCGCUGGUCCACGCAGGGCAUGUCGGUGGACUCCUUGGGAAACGGCACGGCCACCUGCGCAAUCAGGUACGACCUGCUACCAGUGGUGUCUGCACGUGACGGUGAGGCCCAGGAUGGUGACGGCGAGGUCGAAGCCCUGCCGCCCAGGAAGCCGAGUCUCUUUGGCUUCAUCCUGCAAGCCGUUGGUGCGACCUUCGCCUGCUCCUUAGCCUCGCAGAUCUUCUCCGUGGAGGGCCUGGAAGCUCUGGUGGCAGACCCAAACUGGGUCGUUCGUUGGCCCGCGAUCAUGACUUGGGUGAUCCUGGUGGCGGGUGUCGCCUUGCUGUUGCAAGCACAUCGAGCAGACAGGCAGUACGAGCAGCGCCUGGAACAGCUCCUGCGUAAGGAGGCUGCACGCGACAUGCUGAUAGAGAAAGCGAAGAAGGAGAACAUCUUCUUUGUGAAGCUGAGACAGCUGCUGGAGAUUCGGCGACAGCUCCUUGGCAUGGGCGCUCGGGGGAUGGUGGCGGACCGGGCCCACUGGAGCAUCCUUCAGGCACGGCUAGGUGUCGACUCCACUUUCCUGCAUUCCCUGUACCAGGUAAGUGGCCAGACCGCCUUGCACAUCGAAGCGAGGCAGCUCCUUGAAAACUUCCACGCAGCGGGCCUUUGCAGACGCCUCGUCGCUCUGCACACAGCCUACUGCUCGUGGGUGCGUGUUCUGGAGCCAUCCUUGCGAGUGACCUGCUUGGAGCGUGCGGCCGUGGCGCUUUGCAAAUUUUACAGUGGACUUGCGGUUGCUGCCGUCUUCUAUAGCCAAUCUGCCGUGGCUCCAGGCCAAGACGAAGGAUGCAGCAUCUUCCAGGAUCCUCUGGCGCAGCUGAUUCGUACCGCUGUGGUUGCCUGGGUCUCCGCGAUGGUGGGGCUGCUGCCGUUCUUGGCAUUGAUGCCCCUGUUCGAGAAGCUUCGGAGUAUGGAGCUGAAGACGCGUCACAUCAUCUUCUGGACCUUCAUCUCUACCUACCUGCUGACCUGCAUCCUAGUUGUCUGCAUCUUCCAGUCUAUGGUGAGCUACAAGGACACCUUGGACUGGAUGUACUCCGCCGCGCAGACGCUGGCAUUUUCUCUCAUUUUGACUCCCUUGCUGAUGGCCACUGUCGUCCUCCUGUUCGUGCAUUCUGCCAACAUCGACCUUGACGAGCAUUUGCCCUUCCAUGCCAAGGACGAUCACUGCUACAAGGUGACCUUGCGGAACAUGACGGUGUCAGGAGAAGAGUGGCAGGAUCAAGGACGGCGCUCCCAGCUAUGCGCCCGCUGGGAGAUCGCAGGGCACCCUGAAACCGCCACCAUCACCACCUUCCAAGCAGAUGCUGAUGGAGAAAUUGAAUUGGACGGUGUGAUGCCGUAUCACGCACUCCUCGUCUCCAUCUACCUCAGGCCCAAGUCAUCCACAUUGCGGUUGCUCGGCAAUGCCGCACUCCCGAGUGACAAGUUCAUUCACAGUGGCUUUGGCGGUGAGCUGCCGCUUUACCUACGAGGCAAAGCAGUACCAGGCAUGCAGGUCGGAGUGUCCAUCGCUCGCCCUGCCAUCAGCCAACAAGCCGUUGUACAACGUGGCCGCAGCAGUAUCCGUCUUACUGUGCAGGGAAACAACGUGCUGGCUGCCGAGCAGGAACUGCAGCAGGAGCUUGAGGUUUUCGGCAUCUGCUUUGAGGACGAUGACGACGAUGCAACGAUGCCAGAUGACGAAGCUAUGCCGCCCGAGGUCACAUGCCAGCUUGCGGGUAUCACUUUCGAUGAUGAUGUCGUCCUUGAAAGCGACUUCCAGAAAGACUGCAGUGAGCUUGGCAUUACCUUCGGGUCCGAUGCUGAUUCGGAAGACCUCCGAAGCAUCGAAGCAACGGAGCACAAUGAUUUGUCAAGCAGCGUGGCUGUGGUCCCUCAACGCUGA